UACGUGGGAAGCCGAUCGAGGCAAGAUUUCUGAGACAAGUUCUGGGGCUUACAAGACAGACUUGAGCUUUUCUAAAUCAUUUUGAAGUUCUAUUUAAAGGAUUAUAGCAUUCAAUUCUCUAUUAGUCCAAUAACAUCAUGGUGGAGCAGGAGGGAUUAUCGUCAUGCGGGCAUCCUCCGGAAAACUGUUAUUCAACGAUAGUUAUGACCUCCCGGUUACGUGCGUUGGGUGGAAGAAUUAAUAACAUACGCACCUCAGAAUUACCCAAAGAGAAAACACGAUCCGAAGUCAUCUGUAGCGUCUGCUUUUUAGAUGGCUUGGUACAGACCUUUAAAGUUAACAAACAAGACACUGGUCAGGUUCUUCUGGAUAUGGUAUACAACCACUUGGGCGUGACCGAAAAGGAAUAUUUUGGUUUGCAGCAUGGCGAUGACUCGGUGGAAUCUCCCAGAUGGCUGGAAUCGAGCAAACCCAUCAGGAAGCAGUUAAAAGGAGGUUUCCCCUGUACCCUGCAUUUUCGAGUAAGAUUUUUUAUACCUGAUCCCAACACACUGCAGCAAGAACAAACCAGGCAUUUGUAUUUCUUACAACUGAAGAUGGAUAUUUGUGAAGGAAGGUUAACCUGCCCUCUUAACUCAACAGUGGUCCUAGCGUCCUACGCAGUACAAUCUCGCUUUGGAGACUAUGAUUCUUCCAUUCAUCAUCCAGGCUAUCUUUCCGAUAGUCAGUUUAUACCAGACCAGAGCGAUGACUUUUUAAUGAAGGUGGAAUCUCUCCACAAGCAGCACAGUGGGCUGAAACAGUCAGAAGCUGAAUCUUGCUAUAUCAACAUCGCCCGGACCCUCGACUUCUAUGGAGUAGAGCUGCACGGUGGCAGGGAUCUGCACAACUUAGAUCUAAUGAUCGGAAUUGCUUCCUCGGGCAUUGCUGUGUACCGAAAAUAUAUUUGCACAAGUUUCUAUCCUUGGGUGAACAUACUAAAAAUUUCUUUCAAGAGGAAAAAGUUCUUUAUACAUCAGCGACAAAAGCAGGCGGAAUCCAGGGAACAUAUUGUGGCCUUCAACAUGUUAAAUUACCGAUCUUGCAAAAACUUGUGGAAAUCGUGUGUCGAGCACCAUACGUUCUUUCAGGCAAAGAAGCUACUACCUCAGGAGAAGAAUGUUCUGUCUCAGUACUGGACUCUGGGCUCGAGGAACCCCAAAAAGUCUGUAAAUAACCAGUAUUGCAAAAAGGUGAUUGGAGGGAUGGUGUGGAACCCAGCCAUGCGGAGAUCUUUAUCAGUGGAGCAUUUAGAAACCAAGAGUCUACCUUCUCGGUCCCCUCCUAUUACUCCCAACUGGCGGAGUCCUCGGCUCCGGCACGAAAUCCGAAAGCCGCGGCACUCUUCCGCAGACAACCUCACCAACGAGAUGACGUACAUUACCGAAACCGAAGAUGUGUUUUACACCUACAGGGGCUCCCUGUCCCCGAAAGACAGCGAUUCCGAGGUGUCUCAGAACCGAAGCCCGCACCGAAAGAGUAUAUCCGAGAACAAUCCAGCGCACAGCUACCUGACCCAGAAGUCAUCCAGUUCUGUGUCUCCAUCUUCAAAUGCUCCAGGCUCCUGCUCACCAGAUGGCGUCGAUCAGCAGUUCUUAGAGGACUUCCACAGGGUGACCAAAGCGGGCUCCACUGAGGACUCCAGCCAGUACUACUGUGACAAGAAUGAUAAUGGUGACGGCUACUUAGUCUUGAUCCGUAUCACGCCAGACGAAGAUGGAAAAUUUGGAUUUAAUCUAAAGGGAGGAGUGGAUCAAAAGAUGCCUCUUGUGGUCUCCAGGAUAAACCCAGAGUCACCUGCGGACACCUGCAUUCCUAAGCUGAACGAAGGGGAUCAAAUCGUGUUAAUCAAUGGCCGGGACAUCUCAGAACACACCCACGACCAGGUGGUGAUGUUCAUCAAAGCCAGCCGGGAGUCCCACACGAGGGAGCUGGCCCUGGUGAUCAGGAGGAAAGCUGUGCAUUCGUUUGCUGAUAUCAAAUCUGAAGAUGAGCUGAACCAGCUCUUCCCGGAGGCCAUUUUCCCUGUGUGUCCAGAGGGUGCGGACACUUUGGAGGGAUCCAUGGAACAGCUAAAGAAGGGCCUCGAAAGCGGGACGGUGCUGAUCCAGUUCGAGCAACUCUACAGAAAGAAGCCCGGGUUGGCCAUCACAUUUGCAAAGCUGCCUCAAAAUUUGGACAAAAACCGAUAUAAAGAUGUGCUGCCUUAUGACACCACCCGGGUAUUAUUGCAGGGAAGCGAAGAUUAUAUUAACGCGAGUUAUGUGAACAUGGAAAUUCCUUCUGCUAACCUUGUGAACAAGUACAUUGCCACUCAGGGACCCCUGCCACAUACCUGUGCACAAUUCUGGCAAGUCAUCUGGGAUCAGAAGUUAUCACUCGUCGUCAUGUUGACAACCCUCACAGAGCGAGGGCGGACCAAAUGUCACCAGUACUGGCCUGAUCCUCCCGACGUCAUGGAACACGGCAGCUUUCACAUCCGGUGUCAGUCAGAGGACUGCACCAUCGCUUAUGUGUUCCGGGAAAUGCUGGUCACGAACACCGAGACCAGAGAAGAGCACACUGUGACGCAUCUCCAGUACGUCGCGUGGCCUGACCAUGGCGUGCCCGAUGACUCCUCAGACUUUCUGGAAUUUGUAAACCAUGUGAGGUCCCUGAGAGUGGACGGUGAACCUGUGUUAGUUCACUGCAGUGCUGGAAUAGGUCGAACCGGCGUGUUGGUCACCAUGGAAACAGCCAUGUGCCUAAUUGAGAGAAACCUGCCCGUUUACCCACUGGAUAUUGUCCGGAAAAUGCGAGACCAGCGUGCCAUGAUGGUGCAGACGUCAAGCCAGUACAAGUUCGUGUGUGAAGCGAUUCUUCGUGUUUAUGAAGAAGGCUUAGUCCAAAUGCUGGAUCCCAGUUAAGACAACUGUGAAAUGUUCAUUCCUCUCUCCCAAGCGCAUCCUCCUUAAGGACAGACCUUCUUCUCUCUGGAAGCACCAAGAGGGAUCUGUAGGCUGUGGGAAAGGAAUGAGCACAUUUGAACCCAGGCACUUUAAAUUUCUGUA